UCCUCGGCGCGGACCGCGCAGACUGAAUAAUAAAAGGGGAGCGGCGAAGAGGCAGGAAGACAGGACCAUGUCGAAGGGCCCCGGGCCCGGCGGCUCCGCAGCUUCCUCGGCGCCCCCGGCCGCUACCGCUCAGGUGCUGCAGGCACAGCCCGAGAAACCGCAGCACUACACGUACCUGAAGGAAUUCCGCACUGAGCAGUGCCCACUCUUUGUGCAACACAAAUGCACUCAGCAUCGGCCCUACACCUGCUUCCACUGGCAUUUUGUGAACCAGCGACGACGCCGGUCCAUUCGCCGUCGGGACGGUACCUUCAACUAUAGCCCUGACGUCUACUGCAGCAAAUACGACGAGGCCACUGGUCUCUGCCCGGAGGGCGACGAGUGCCCAUUCCUGCACAGGACCACAGGGGACACUGAGCGCAGGUACCACCUGCGCUACUAUAAGACUGGAAUCUGCAUCCACGAGACAGACUCAAAAGGCAACUGCACCAAAAACGGCCUGCACUGCGCUUUUGCCCACGGGCCCCAUGACCUCCGCUCCCCUGUCUACGACAUCAGGGAGCUCCAGGCAAUGGAGGCCUUGCAGAACGGCCAGACCACAGUAGAGGGCAGCAUAGAGGGCCAGUCUGCUGGGGCCGCGAGCCACGCCAUGAUAGAAAAAAUCCUCAGUGAGGAGCCACGGUGGCAAGAGACCGCUUAUGUGCUGGGGAACUAUAAGACGGAGCCGUGCAAGAAGCCCCCGCGGCUGUGCCGCCAGGGUUAUGCCUGUCCCUACUACCACAACAGCAAGGACCGGCGGCGGAGCCCCCGGAAACACAAAUACAGGUCAUCUCCAUGUCCAAACGUAAAACACGGGGAUGAGUGGGGAGACCCCGGGAAGUGUGAGAACGGAGACUCUUGCCAGUACUGCCACACCCGCACGGAGCAACAGUUCCACCCUGAGAUCUAUAAAUCUACCAAGUGCAACGACAUGCAGCAGUCGGGCAGCUGUCCCAGAGGACCUUUCUGCGCCUUCGCCCAUGUAGAACAGCCACCCCUUGGUGAUGACCUGCAGCCUUCCUCAGCUGUGUCCAGCCCCACCCAGCCAGGUCCCGUCUUGUACAUGCCAUCUGCUGCCGGAGACUCGGUGCCCGUGAGCCCCUCCAGCCCGCAUGCCCCUGACCUCAGCGCCCUCCUCUGUAGAAACAGCAGUCUAGGUAGUCCAUCUAACCUCUGUGGCUCCCCGCCGGGCUCCAUCAGGAAGCCCCCGAAUCUGGAAGGCAUUGUCUUCCCUGGGGAGUCUGGCCUCGCCCCUGGCAGCUAUAAGAAGGCUCCUGGCUUCGAGAGGGAAGAUCAGGUGGGAGCCGAGUACCUGAAAAAUUUGAAAUGCCAGGCCAAGUUAAAACCCCACUCACUAGAGCCCAGAAGUCAAGAGCAGCCUCUGCUUCAGCCCAAACAGGACAUGCUGGGCAUCCUUCCUGUGGGCAGCCCCCUGACCUCAAGCAUCUCUUCUAGUAUCACCUCCAGCCUAGCAGCUACUCCCCCUAGCCCUGCCGGCACCAGCAGCGUCCCUGGAAUGAAUGCAAAUGCUCUGCCCUUCUACCCCACCAGCGACACGGUAGAGUCGGUCAUAGAGUCUGCCCUGGAUGACCUGGACCUGAACGAGUUUGGGGUAGCUGCCCUAGAAAAAACUUUCGAUAGCAGCACAGUGCCCCACCCAGGCAGCAUCACAAUCGGCGGCAGCUUGCUGCAGAGCUCUGCACCCGUGAACAUCCCUGGCUCCUUAGGCAGCUCUGCCUCCUUCCACUCAGCGUCCCCGUCCCCUCCUGUCAGCCUCUCCUCACACUUCCUGCAGCAGCCCCAGGGCCACCUGAGCCAGUCAGAAAACACAUUUUUGGGGACUUCAGCAUCACAUGGAUCUUUGGGUCUGAACGGGAUGAACAGCAGCAUCUGGGAGCAUUUUGCCUCUGGAAGCUUCUCCCCGGGCACUUCCCCUGCCUUCCUGUCAGGGCCGGGGGCUGCCGAGCUGGCCCGGCUUCGGCAAGAGCUGGACGAAGCCAACAGCACCAUCAAGCAGUGGGAGGAAUCCUGGAAGCAGGCGAAGCAGGCUUGUGAUGCCUGGAAGAAGGAGGCAGAGGAGGCCGGUGAGCGGGCCAGCGCAGCAGGCGCUGAGUGCGAGUUGGCCCGGGAACAGCGGGAUGCACUGGAGGUGCAGGUGAAGAAACUACAGGAGGAGCUGGAGCGGCUGCACUCGGGCCCCGACCCACAGGCCCUACCCACUUUCUCCAACCUGGAGGCCCUCUCACUCUCCACCCUCUACUCCCUCCAGAAGCAGCUGCGGGCUCACUUAGAGCAAGUGGACAAGGCCGUGUUCCACAUGCAGUCGGUGAAAUGCCUUAAGUGUCAGGAGCAGAACCGAGCGGUGCUGCCGUGCCAACACGCCGUGCUGUGUGAGCUCUGUGCCGAGGGCAGUGAGUGCCCUGUCUGCCAGCCAGGCCGGGCCCAUGCCCUCCAGUCGUGACCCUGUAGGCCUGGCCCCGGCCUGGCUCAGAUCUUCUCACCUAGGACUUUUUAAAGUAUAUAUAUAUGUAUGUAUGUAUGUAUAUGUAUAUGAUUAUGUAUAUGUAUACAUUCUGUAUGUGUGCAGGUAUGCGUGGGCAGCCAGUGUGUGAACAGUGUCUGUGUGUAUAUCUGUACAUAGAUAUAGACACACACUUUAAAACAGACUUACCAAGCACUUUUUAAAAGAAAAAACUAUUUUGCAGUCCUCCCCCUGCCCGCUCCCUACCUUUCCCACUGCAGAGACAAAGUCCUCUCUUCUCCCAACUGGCCUUUUGGCAGGGAAUCUGUUUCUGUCUCUUUUUUUAUGUAAGAACUAACUAUUUUUAACUUCUUCCUGGGGCCUGAGCAGGGAAGGGUGGAAGCUAGAAGGGGCUGAGGGGAGGGGACAAGCCUUCAGGGCGGGCCCUGUCAUCCCACCUCCCCAGGCCAGGGCGAGAGCCAGGAGUGUGGAGGGUCUGGGGGCAGAACUGGUUCCCAGCUGUGAGGCUUGAGGGGGUAUGCUGGGGGUUGAAGCCAGCCUAGCUCCUCGUUUUACCAAAUGUCUAUUUAGUCUGGGGCUGGCAGGCCAAAGUUGUGGGGCCAGCCCCACUCCCGACCCUGGGCCCUUGAAGCUCCUGGAGGGGCAAGGCCCAGGCGUUCUACCCCUCAGGUUCCUGAGGCCGGGGGUCCACCAGUCCUCCCCCACCCCGCUCUGGGCUCCCAGAGCAGCCUCCCUGGCCCGAGGGCCACCUACCAGGCUGGCACUGCCCUAUCCAUCAUCCCCAGCUGCCCUCAGCUGUCCUCCUCCUGCACGGCCUUCCGUGCUGUCCCCCCUCCCUCUGGCAGCUAGCAGGGCAAUAGGUGGGAGGAGCUGCGGACUGUGAGGACCAAGGCGGGGCUCAGGCUCUGCCCUCCUCGCCAGGAGGGGCUCCAUAUGCAUUCCUUGGUGCUCUCUGAGUGCAGCUGACGUCCUGCCCGUGUGGAGCGGACGCCCGUGUGCAUGUGUGUGCGUGCCUGUCCAAUGUAUAUUGUGUCUUAGCUUCCAUUUUAAAAAUUGUUCUGUACAGAGAGAUGCAAUGGGGGCGGGAGGGCAGAGGGAAGCCACCCCGCUCCCAGCACUGGGGGUCUGGGGUGGGAGCAAGAGGGCUGUAAAGGGUCUAGCCCGGCCCAGGUGCCCCCUUGGGCUCAGCACGAAAGGGCUUUCAAUGAAUUAAGUGAAAACUUUUUUACAAAAAUGCAAAAAUCAAAGCUCCGAACGUAUUGGAAAUAAAAUACGAACUUGCA